AUGGAAGAAAUUUUGGAUUCAGAAAAAGGAAACCAGACGAGGAUCAGAGAAUUCAUCCUUCUGGGUUUUGGGAAUCUCCCUCAGCUACAGCCUCUCCUUUUCUGGUUCUUCUUGGUGAUAUAUCUGAUGACAGUAACUGGAAACCUCCUCAUCUUUAUCAUAGUUGUAGCUGAUCGAUACCUUCACAGCCCAAUGUACUUCUUCCUGGCAAAUUUGUCUUUCCUGGACACUUGCUAUAGUUGUAACUUGCUACCUAAAAUGUUGGCCAAUCUGCUGACUGGUGAGAAAACUAUUACUGUGAUUGGGUGCCUAGCCCAAUAUCAUUUUUUCUGUCUUUGUGGGACUACAGAAACAUAUAUUUUGACUGCAAUGUCUUAUGACCGCUUUCUGGCAAUUUGUAGACCUUUGCACUAUGCUUCUAUUAUGAAUAGGAAAUUCUGUUUCCAACUUAUGGUAGGGGCAUGGGUAAGCAGUUUAACAUUUAAUGCCAUUUUUGUAGCUCUCAUGACUCAAUUAUCCUUUUGUGGGCCUAAUGUCAUAGACCAUUACUUUUGUGACUUUCGUCCACUAGAGAAACUGUCCUGUACAGAUACCAGUCUCACUGAACUUUUCUCUUUUUGCAUAUCCAUUAUUUUUGUAGUUGUUCCAUUUCUUUUGAGCCUCAUUUCUUAUAUUUGCAUCAUUGCUACCAUCAUCAAAAUCCAGUCCACCAUUGGAAGAAAAGCCUUCUCAACCUGCUCCUCUCAUCUCAUGGUGGUUUGCCUCUUUUAUGGCACAUUAAUCAUUGUCUAUACUUUGCCAGAUAUCCCUUCCUUGAGACAAUUCAAUAAAAUCUUCUCCAUUUUCUAUACAAUGAUGACACCUUUAUUCAACCCCCUUAUCUAUACUUUGAGAAACAAAGAGUUAACUCCUGCCUCCCACUCUUACUGCUGA